CUAACCUCAACGAUUAGGGUCGCCACUUUCGACUUACUUGAAAGCAAUGUCAUGAUUAAUUUGCGUUAUUCUCUAAAUGACGCGAUUAUUCCGUCCGUUUCGUAAGUUUGCUAGUUUUAUAUUCGCCUGAAAUUUUACAAGUCAGUCACUCGUGCCAAUUCAAAGUGUACUUUUAAAUCUUAGGAGAGGAACUAUUUGAAAUACAAAUCUUUUUCAUAGACCUUGUGAACUUUAAUAAUGUAAUAAAAACAUGAAACGAUUCAUCGGAGCGUUUGUUUUACAGUGAUACGUGGUAUAAACGAAAUGUUAAUUUUCAUUUGCCAGACACAUUUUAAUAAAUUUGCUUCAACGUGACUCAAGAUUGCUCUUGUCAAAAAUGGAAUUCCCAAACUUAGGCGAGCACUGCUCUGAAAAGAGCUGCAAUCGAUUGGACUUUUUACCUGUAAAAUGUGAUGCAUGUUCAGGAAUAUUUUGUGCAGAACAUAUGUCAUACACUGACCAUAGCUGUCCAAGUGCUUAUAAAAAAGAUAUACAGGUUCCAGUAUGUCCUCUUUGCAAUACACCAGUACCUACAAAACGUGGAGAUCCUCCAGAUAUAGCAGUCGGACAACAUAUAGAUAAUGAAUGCCAAUCGGAGUUAAGAAAACCUAGGCAAAAAAUUUUCUCCAAUAGAUGUUCAUCUAAGGGUUGCAAAAUCAAAGAAAUUGUUCAAAUACGUUGUUCCGAUUGCGGUAAAAAUUUCUGUCUUAAACAUAGACAUCCGACGGAUCACGCGUGUGUAGGCCAAGAAGAAGCUACUCGAAGAAAAAGAUUGGAUGCGCUCGAUAACAAUGUGAAAGUAAAUAGAAGAAAUGGCGAAAUAUUUAAGACCUAUCAGGGUAGUAUGAGCGAAGACGAAGCUCUCGCUAGAGCUCUCCAGGCUUCCCUGCAAGAAGAAGAUACUGCUAGGCGACGAACUCUCGAAACCGUUCCUUCUGAAAAUAGAGAUAGGUGUAGACUUUCAUAAAAUCUUCACACAAAUUUUUAUAAACGUUGCAAGGUACGUUCUUUAACCGCACAAACAUAGAGAAAUAAUUAUACCUUUUAGAGAUUUCGAUCUUCUGCUUAAAAAACAGUUUAAUGCUACUCAAUUAGCAUAUUGAAAAGUCAUGACUUACCUUGUAACUUUACCUUUCUAUUUCCUCACCUUAAAAUACUCUGUUCACAUAAACUCUUAGAGAUUUCAUUAUGUACUUCUAGAAAUUCUAUAGAUUUACAGGUGAUAUACAUUACAUUAUCAUUUUAAGUUAUUUUUAUAGGGUUUGAUGAAACCCUCAAAAAUGAGGGAGACUUAAAUUAUUUUUGUUCUUUUUGUUUUAAGUUUGAUUUAAAGCAUGUUACUGAAAGUACUACUUUUUAAUAAUAAAGCAAAUAGGAAGGGUUCUAAAGGUUGUGCUUGCACAAGGAUAAUGGUUUUAUCAAUAAAAGCUAAUCAUUUUAAAGUUUAAAUCAUAGUCUAA